AUGGCCAUUUUCUCGUCGUUGGCGGGAUUCUUUAACCGAAACAAGAGAAGAAUAUUUAUAACUUCAGCAGUUACAUUUUCCAUCUACUUACUUGUCAAUGAGUUUGUUAUCAAGAAAUUCAGAAACUACCAAAAUGCGUUGCGUCAGGAGUUUAUGUUUAAGCAACAGAUUAGACAACGGUUUAUUCUGACUCAACAAGAUUGUUACUACACGAUUCUAGCAUUGCUUCCAGUAUUGGCUCAGCCUAUAGUUGAUUCGUUACCCGUUGACUUGAUUACACAAGCAUUGAGAUUGAAGAAAGGUCAGCAGAAUCAGCCACAGCAAGUUACAAGUGGGAGUAAUAGCGAAUUGACUACUGACAAUCUUAAUCUUUUGGAUAACAACAACAAUCCACAACUGCAAUUAUCAGUAUACAUGAACAAAAGCAAAGCCGAGUUGUGGAAUUUGUUGAAAAUCAAGACAAUCACAAGGACAUUAACUUUGAUGUACUCAAUUUCGGGGUUGUUGUUGAUUAGCAGAUUGCAAAUGAACAUUUUGGCAAGAAGAUCGUAUUUGGAAUCGGCAAUUGUUAUGGCCGGAGUCAAGAACCCGAAUAACGAUAUUGAUCCACAUGAGAAUUACAUCAUUGAACAAAGCUAUCUUUCUCUUAGUUGGUGGCUUUUGAACAAAGGUUGGGCCAACUUGAGUGUAUUGAUUGAAAGCUUGGUCGUUGAUAAAUUCAAAGACAUUAGUCCUAAAACUGAAAUUGGCGUUUUUGAUUUCGAGCUCAUUUUGAAUGAAAUUAUUGAGGAUAUCAACACCAAUAAUAAACAAUAUGUUUUGGACAAUUUGUUUCCAAUCAAGUACCCCGACUUGUUGGAGACCAUAUUGAACACCAACUCUGAUGUAAUACAUCAAUUGGAUACACCAGACUCAAAUUUGACAAAAUUGAUCAAUGAAACAAGUUCAAUCAUGUCGGAUAACAACUUGUACUUUUUUGACUUGUUGAAUCAGUUAAUUGUCACCAAUUUGCACACUCUUGCAUCCAAUCUUUCAUCAAACUUAUCCACGACAUCAAAUAGCUUAAUGAUGAGUGAUACGUUGCCAGAGCAACAACAGCAACAGCUUCAAUCACCGAAGAUCAUGGAGUUGGACAACAAGCCAUAUAAACUCGCUAGUUUCUUAGCACAAUUAUCGGUUCAGAAUGGCGUAAUGAUCAAUAACGAUGACUCAAGAGCUAAUGAAGAGGAUGAGAUUGAGAAUAUAAUCAAAAACCUUGAAAGUGGACAGGGUUUUACUGGCGAAGGGUACGGAGCUCAUGAGUUAAGCGGAAAUGUAUACAUUAACACGUUGAAUAGCUUGGAUGAGCUUGAAAACUUUAGUGCUGGUAUCUAUUCCAAUUUUGAAUGA